AUGACGUCAAAAAUGGCGGCGUCCAAUUCGGAAGACGCGGCCGGUGUUCAUCGAAAUGAUGGAGAGACGUUUUUGUUCACUUCAGAAUCAGUUGGAGAGGGACAUCCAGACAAGAUCUGUGACCUGAUCAGUGAUGCUGUCUUGGAUGCUCAUUUGGCCGAGGACCCAUUCUCCCGUGUGUCCUGUCAGACUGCCGCCAAGACAGGCAUGGUAUUUGUUUGUGGAGACAUUGUGUCCAAGGCAGAAACUAACUACCAGCAAGUCAUCAGGGACACUGUUCAGCACAUAGGCUACGACACUUCAAUUAAGGGGUUUGACUACAGCACUUGUAAUGUGCUGCUGGCUGUGGAGGAUCAUGUACCAUCAACAGAUGAAGAAAAUGGGACGUACGAGUCCAUGUCUAUCAAUGCCCCGUCAACUGAUACUGCACUGAUGUUUGGCUAUGCCACAAAUGAAACGGAUGAGUGUAUGCCACUUACAGUGAUACUCUCACAUCAACUGAAUUCCAAAAUGGCUGAACUCCGCAGAAAUGGUGAACUUUCAUGGGCAAGGCCUGAUUCCAAAACACAGGUAACUGUGGAAUAUCGAGUUGAAGGUGGCGCCACCAUCCCCAUCCGGGUCCACACAGUGGUCAUCUCCAUCCAGCAUGAUGAACAUGUCACCAUGGAGAAGCUACGUGAUGAUCUCAUGAGCAAGGUCAUCCGAUCAGUCAUCCCUGCGGAGUAUCUGGACGACCGGACCAUCUGCCAUCUACAGCCAUCGGGAAGGUUCAUCAUUGGGGGGCCUCAGGGUGACGCAGGACUGACCGGCAGGAAGAUCAUCGUGGACACAUAUGGAGGAUGGGGAGCUCAUGGAGGCGGGUCACUCUCCGGGAAGGAUCCAACAAAGAUUGACCGAUGUGCAUCUUACGCUGCUCGCUGGGUUGCACUGUCGCUGGUCAAGGCUGGACUCUGCAAGAGAGUUCUUGUUCAGUUGUCCUACGCCAUCGGUGUGGCUGAACCAGUGUCAGUGACUGUGUUUGACUAUGGCACAUCCUCCAAAAGUAUAAAUGAGCUGGGUGACAUCGUCAAGAAAAACUUUGACCUUCGACCUGGAAAUAUUAUUAAUGAACUGAAUCUCCGUCAACCAAUCUACCAGAAGACGGCCAGCUACGGGCACUUCGGGCGUUCCGAGUUCCCCUGGGAGGAGCCGAAGCCUAUUCAGUGUUAAUUUCGUCUGCUGCCACAGGUUGGUUGGCAUCAUGACGGGGAAGCAAACGUUUAUUUGUCUGCUAUAUUCAUAUCAUAUCCCAGACAUAUCUGGCAACUGUAUAUUUUUCUUUAGGACUUUACAUUCAAAUUAUGAGAAUCUCUGAUUUGAUAUUUUAAUUUUGUUCAAAUUACUUAAAUACUUAAAUAUAUGUAUGUAUCCAGUAUCUGAAUGUUGUUUGGAGGUGUUAUAGAAACCACUUGUAGCUGAUCGAGAGUAUUUCCAAAUACCCCUUAUUAUAUCUGGUGUCUAAUCUAUUCACAGGUUUCUCCUGUAAAGAGCAGUUUGUUCCGGCUGUUUAUUGUACACUUUAUGUGUAGGAUAAAGCACGACUCCGAGGUUAUGAUUGGGAAAGUAAGCCCUCGACCAUCGGGUGGAGAGAAGUAAGACCUCGAGCGCUAUGCGCUCUUGGUCUUACUUCUCCCCACCCUCCGGUCUCGGGUCUUACUUUCCCAACCAUAACUUCU